GUGUUUCUGGUAAGACAGACCAGAGAAGAGCACGGUAGAUUUCGUAAACGCAAGGUCGUGCCUGUUUCUCCGGGUGUAGCCGUUUUUUUAUUUUGGGCAAAAAUGAUGUCCAUGGCUGCCCGGCCCGGGGCUCUGUCCCCGUACCUGCGGGCAACGAAACACACAGUUAAAAGCUUGCUGUGCCCUGGAGCGAAAGAGCUGGUGCCUGCUGCUGCUCCUGCCACAGCCCGUCUCGCCCACACGGACAUCAAGAUUCCUGACUUCACAGACUACCGUCGCCCUGAGGUCACCGACCCCAACAAGUCCUCCCAGGAGAGCAGUGAGGGAAGAAGAAUUUUCUCUUAUCUCAUGACAGGAGCCACCACUGUUGUUGGUGUCUAUGCUGCCAAGACAGUGGUCUACCAGUUUGUCUCCUCGAUGAGUGCGUCAGCAGACGUCCUGGCCUUAUCCAAGAUCGAGAUCAAGCUCGGUGACAUCCCCGAAGGCAAAAACAUGACCUUCAAAUGGAGAGGAAAGCCCCUGUUUGUCCGUCACCGCACAGACAAAGAAGUGGCAGCAGAGGAGGCUGUGGAUAUCGGGGAGCUGCGUGACCCCCAGCAUGACAAGGAUAGAGUGGUUAACCCACGCUGGGUCAUUGUCCUUGGUGUGUGCACCCAUCUGGGUUGUGUGCCCAUCGCCAACGCCGGAGACUACGGAGGCUACUACUGUCCUUGCCACGGCUCCCACUACGAUGCUUCAGGAAGAAUAAGAAAGGGCCCUGCUCCUCUUAACCUGGAGGUUCCCUACUAUGAAUUUCCUGAUGAUGACACAGUGGUGGUGGGAUAAAUACUGCAGCUCUGUCUCAGUUCCUCUCUGUAUAAUGUAGAUUUAGAUGGCUUUAUUUGAGAGUUGGGGAUGGUUUGAAAUGUUAUAAUUUCCUAAUAAAGAUAUUUCCAACUUCA